ACUUCCUUUAAAUAUUGAAGGAAUUCGGGGAGGAAAAGGCAGGGGAGGGAGCAGAGUGGAAGCAGAGCAGCCGUGGCUUCUUCGUCGAAGACGAAAACCCCCCACAAAACCUAUCCCGAACCCUAACCCUAGAAUUUGAUCACAGAUAGAGGAAACUCUUUUCCUACAAUUGGAUUUCGCUCGCUCCCCCCCUCUCUCUAUUAAGGGUUUGAUCCAAUCAUUUUAAAGCUUGUUUCUAUCAGCAUAUUCGUAUUGCUGAUAUAGUAGAAUUGGUUCUCUGCGGUUCCUUUAAAUAGAGGAAGCUAACUGAUCUAUUGGCACAGUUAUCUUCGUGAAGGAUUUUGUGGUAGAGAGUGGUAGGAAGAUGAGUAGCUUGGGACAGACUGCAUCACAGCCGCAGUUCAUUACAAGCCAUGGGAAUCGAACUGUCUCCAACGGCCCAAAUGUGCCUCUGAUUGACAACAUUGAUGCUGAACAGAUCAUUGUUCCUGAGAGAAAGAGUUGGAAGAACUUGUUUGCAUAUAUCGGCCCAGGAUUUCUUGUUUCCAUUGCAUAUAUAGAUCCUGGCAACUUUGAGACGGAUUUACAGUCAGGGGCACAAUAUAAGUAUGAGCUACUCUGGAUCAUACUUGUGGCUUCCUGUGCUGCUCUUAUUAUCCAAUCCCUUGCAGCCAAGCUAGGGGUUGUCACAGGGAAGCAUUUAGCUGAGCAUUGUAGGGCUGAAUAUCCGAAGGUCCCAAACUUUAUCUUGUGGAUCCUUGCUGAACUUGCUGUGGUUGCAUGUGACAUUCCUGAAGUAAUUGGAACGGCCUUUGCAUUGAACAUGCUCUUCAGAAUUCCAAUAUGGUGUGGUGUUCUUAUCACAGGUCUUAGUACUCUGAUGCUUCUAUUAUUACAGCAAUAUGGGAUUCGGAAACUUGAGCUUCUAAUAGCAUUUCUGGUAUUUACAAUGGCUUCCUGUUUCUUUGUGGAACUUGGUUAUGCAAAGCCAAGCUCAUCAGAGGUUUUAAAAGGACUUUUUAUCCCGCAACUUAAAGGAAAUGGUGCCACAGGUCUUGCUAUCUCACUGCUUGGUGCAAUGGUCAUGCCGCACAACCUUUUUCUCCAUUCAGCAUUGGUGCUGUCUAGGAAAAUACCACGCUCCAUUCAUGGACUCAAAGAGGCAUACUGGUUUUAUACUGUUGAAAGUGCAUUUGCUCUUUCUGUGGCUUUUCUUAUCAAUAUAUCUGUUAUUUCUGUAAGUGGUGCUGUCUGUAGCUCAGAGAAUCUGAGUCCUGAAGAUCAAAGGAACUGCGAGGAUCUAGAUCUUAACAAAGCUUCAUUUUUACUAAGACAUGUCCUUGGGAAGUGGAGUUCAAAGCUAUUUGCGAUUGCUUUAUUGGCAUCUGGUCAAAGUUCUACAAUUACAGGAACCUAUGCUGGACAGUAUGUCAUGCAGGGCUUUCUUGAUCUACGGAUCACACCAUGGAUACGGAAUAUGUUAACUCGAUCAUUAGCAAUUGUCCCAAGUCUAAUUGUUGCACUAAUUGGUGGUUCUUCUGCAGCUGGACAGCUGAUAAUUAUUGCUUCGAUGAUUUUAUCGUUUGAACUUCCUUUUGCUCUUGUUCCACUCCUAAAGUUUACGAGCAGCAAGACCAAGAUGGGCUCAUAUGCCAAUUCAAUUAUAAUCUCAUCAAUCACUUGGAUAAUAAGCUCAUCGAUCAUGGCCAUCAAUACCUACUAUCUUGUGACCGCUUUUAUCAAGUUGCUUUUACACAGUGGGUUGAAAACUGUAUCCAUUGUGUUUGCUGGUAUGGUUGGUUUUUCAGGCAUACUGGUGUAUACGGUUGCAAUUCUUUAUUUGGUCUUUCGGAAAAAUAGGAAGUCUACCCAACCAUUGUGGCUUGGUGAUGCUGAACUCGGACAAAGUUGCAACAAUUCUGGCACUGAAAUUAACAAUUCAACGUAUGCUUUACCUCGAGAGGACAUUACAAGCAUGCAACUCCCCCAAACAAGAUCGGCAUUAGAUAUUGACUAAGUAAUCUCUCUCUCUCUCUCUCUCUCUCUCUGAGGCAGUGUAGUUUCCCAAAUAAUCUUACUAAAACAGAACAAGUAAUAAUGAUAUUACGAAAAAUGUGGUAUAUUGUUUACUUGGGUCAAUGAGUCCAUUGUAUUCUUUCUGGCUUCAUGUUUCA